GGUGAAUUGUUCUACUCGAUCCCAUCCUGUGCCCUAGGGCCGUCGCUGUUGCUCGCGUUCUCUUCGUGUCGUCUCCAAACCUCCGAAUAAGCUCAGUGUUGUUGUUCGGGUGUUAAGGUUAAUGGCACUACGAGGUGUUUGGCAGCUUCAAAAGCUGGUGGUCAGCUAUUGUGAUUGGGGAGGAAGCAGCAGAGGGAUCAGGGCCUUUAUGGAAUCAAAUCUGCCUACUUUAAAGGAGAAAAAUCCUCAGCUAGAUGUGGUCACAGAACUUAUUCGUGGCCAGCAUCCUCAUUUGAAAGCGUUUUAUAAGAAUCACAAUCAGCGAGUUGUUUGUGUGAAGAAUCUGACUCCGGAGGAGAUUCUGCUCCAUGCAACCAGGCUAAGAAACGCGUUGGGAAGGAAAGUGAUCAAACUAAGGACAAGACACGUCACUAAACACCCUAGUGUUCAGGGUACAUGGACAACAGCCCUCAAGUUCUAAAUGGUUUUUGCAACGUU